AAAUAUCAUAACAUCAUUCAUCUACCAAAGUUGCUUCAACAUCUUAUCUUUCCAAACUCUCAUCCUUUUCCAAGAAUAUCAUUCUUAUCCUUUCCACAAAGCCUUUACACAUAUCAUAGUACGUAUAUUCUCCGAUUUUGUUGUCUUCUAAAUAGUACAAUUUCCAUGGCUAACUCUCAUGAUGAGGUUCAGCUACCUGAUGGGUAUCUCUCAGAUGAUGCAAAGAUUGUCUUAAAGACAGCUCCGGCGACAAGCACAGAGAAUUCAACCUUUUCCGGAGAUGAAAACAAUGAUAUGUCACAGCUAGGAAAAGAUGUCCUUCCAAUAGGGAAGAUACCAGACGUGGCUGAGAACUAUUAUAGGUUUGACUGGAAGGUGGGAAAAUCAGUUCAUCGAAAGCUGCUCAAGAAAGUUAAACAAGCGGUACCGGUGCCAAAUGUGAACUCGCAUCAAAUGAAAAAUCGAAGCAUCCAAAGGAGUUUAAGCAUUGACUCGCCGCGAACACCUCCGAAUAAAAAGGGAGACGAGUUGCUGCUAAAACAUGAGCGUUUCAAGGUACGAACCAUAAACUUUUAUGGAAGUGUUGAGCAACGUGAUCAAGGCACCCAAGGCAGUCAAGGUAGUAAUAGCAGUACUAAGUCUGGUAGCUCUAAAUAAAGUUUUGGAUUUACAGGAAGUUCAAGAAAAUAAUGACCCCUGCCUUUCGUGUAAAUUGAAGAAAUUCUUGUUCUAUGGAGAUUUUCUUUUUCAAUAUUUGGUUGAUUAUUCUUGUUAAUGAGAAAUAUCCGCAUUGCAAGUCAGUGGUUAA